CUCUGGGCAUGGGCAGAGUUCUUUCCGUCGCCCCACUCGACUGACGGUUGCGGAAGUGCUGCUGGGGCCCCUGCCAAGGCUCCGUCCGCGGACGAUGGCCUGCCCGCUCCCACUGCCCCUGGCAGAGCAGAAGAUGAACACGGACCGGGAAGGGCCGUCCCUGCUGAAAGCGGCUUCCCGGCUCCCUGUGCCCAGCCUGCGGCUCAAGCGGCCAGCCACCGACGAGAACGCACCCCCAAAGGAGCAGAAACGUGCCCGGGGGGGCCCUCCCCCCACCAAGAGGGGCGCCAUGACGGUGGCCACGUCCCACCCCAGAGCCCCUCCCGUGGUCUCUGCUGCACACCGAGGCCACCGGUCGUCAGGCCGGCGCCGGUCCUCCUCCCGGGCAGCAGCGACGGCUUCUACUACAGCGGUGAUCCGUCGGCCGGUGCCCGCAGCACCCUCCAAGCCCGCCUCUGCUCCUGCUGCCGGGGGCAGAGCGGAGAGCAAGCGAGCCCCCUGGGACCUGAAGGGGCAGAACAGUGACCUCCGGGCCCGAGUGAGCGCCUACAAGGAGAAGGCCCAGGGCCUGGCCGGGGAGAACGAGGCCCUGAAGCAGCAGCUGGGCGGCCUGCAAGUGGAGCUGGGGCAGGCCACGGCCCAGAACCGGGAGCUGAGCGGCCGGGCCAGGGUGCUGGCUUCGGAGCUGCAGCUGUGCCAAGGCCAGGCCAGAGACAGCCUCCAGCGAGUGUCGUUGCUCCAGGCCAAAGAGCGGCAGCUGGAGGAGGACCUCCAGAGCCGGAGUCACACCGUCAGGGAGCUGCAGGGGGUCAACCGGGAGCUGGAGGAGGGCAACCGGGGCCUGGCCGCCCGGCUGGAGGCUCAAGAGGCUGUGCUGCGCCAGGUGGAGGAGAGCCUGGCCGAGCAGAGCCGGGAGAAGGAGGCGCUGCAGGCCCGGCUGGCCGAGCUGGAGCAGAAGCUGCACGAGUCCGAGAUGGAACGCCGGCAGCUGCACAACACCGUCCAGGAGCUGAAGGGCAACAUCCGCGUCUUCUGCCGCGUCCGGCCCCUGCUGACCACCGAGCGAGAGGCCCAGAAGGGCACAGGCCACCUGAGCUUCCCGGACGAAGACAACAAGAGCCUCGUGCUCUCCAGAGCGGAAGACUCCCACGUGGGCCGCGAGCGUAAGGACGACGUCAGCUACGAGUUCCACUUCGACCGGGUCUUCCCACCCUCCAGCUCCCAGGGAGACGUCUUUGAGGAGAUCUCUCUGCUCAUCCAGUCUGCCUUGGACGGCUACCACGUCUGCAUCUUUGCCUACGGGCAGACGGGCAGCGGCAAGACGUACACCAUGGAGGGCCCCGACCCCCUGAGCCCCGACACAGCCGGCAUGAUCCCCCGGGCCGUGCAGCAGGUCUUCCAGGCCUCCCGCAGGAUGGAAGACAAGGGCUGGCAGUAUCAGUUCACUGCCAACUUCCUGGAGAUCUACAACGAGUCGCUGCGGGACCUGCUGGUGUUGCGGCCCGAGCAGAACUCCGAGCUGGAGAUCCGGAGGGUGAGCCAGCACACGGAGGAGCUCCACGUGCCCAACCUGUGCUACGUCUCCGUUGCCUCGGAGCAGGAGGUGCUGAAGCUGCUGCAGACAGCCAGAGCCCACCGCUCGGUGGCCAGGACCAGCCUGAACGAGCGCUCCUCCCGCAGCCACAGCCUCUUCCAACUGCGCAUCGAGGGCCGGAACGGGCGCAGGGAGCUGCGCACCUCCUCCGUGCUGAGCUUGGUGGACCUGGCAGGCAGCGAGCGCCUGGACAAGUCCCUGUCGAAGGGGGAUCGCCUCCGGGAGACCCAGGCCAUCAACAGCAGCCUCUCCAACCUGGGCCUGGUCAUCAUGGCCCUCAGCAACAAGGAGGCCCACAUCCCCUACCGCAACAGCAAGCUGACCUACCUGCUCCAGAACUCCCUGGGCGGCAGCUCCAAGAUGCUCAUGUUUGUGAACAUCUCUCCCUUGGAGGAGAACUUCGGAGAAUCCCUCAACUCCCUCCGCUUUGCUCGGAAAGUGAACGAAUGUGUCAUUGGCACUGCGUCCACCCACCGGAAGUGAGCAGGACCCGGGCACUUGCUGGCUGCUUGUGGAAGAGA